AUGUACUUCAAACCCUCAACCAUCUUCGCCCUUACCACACUGCACACAAUAACCUCCGCAACCUCCAUCGUCGGGCCUACCUGCGAAAAACUCCCCUCCGCCGUGGGCCCAAAACUAGACAUCGCCUACGACCAAUACUACAAAACCCUCUGCAACCACGGCUGCCAACCCAUCGUCGGGGGCAAAUACACCAGCCUGAUGAGCGAAGCAAUCCUCAAACCCGCGGUCCAAACCAUCAGCAUCAAUCUGGGGAUUGACCACGACCACAUCGAGGCGUUCCUCCGAAUCACCGACGAAUCCAUGCAAGCGGUGGAACAACACUGCAGUCAUUUGAUUACCACGGAUUUCUGCCAGCAUACAGAUGCGUUUCCAGAGUAUGCGGCGUGUGCGAAAGGGCAGAUCUUUACGGUGAUUACGAGUCAUCCGUUGGAUGUUGCGCCGUUGAUUAGUGAGGAGGUGUGUCGGAAGGAGUUGGAGUAUUUUACGAAGGAGGAGCUGUGGGAUUCGGUGUUGCCGGGGUAUGUGGAGGAUUUUUGGAGGGUUUGUGAGACGUGGUCGUGA